ACGAUACGCGACCUGGCCUACUCGCUCGAGAACCUCGAACGGACCGAUGAAACGAGGGUGCAGCUUCCCUCUCUUUCCGAAUCGCACAACUCCGCGAAUCGGACGAACUCUGAGAAAGGCUGGCUCGCCAACCUCGAACUGAAUGUCUCGUCGAUGAUGAUUAGCGGAAGAUUUCUGUCGACUCUGAGCUGUCCUGAGUCUCUGCCGGAUCAACUCGACCUGCUCCGCUGUCUCCUCGAUCAUCUUAGGACCGAGUACUCGCCUCUCUCCGACGUCGUCCCAAUAAAGAGGGGAACGACACUUGCGACCAUAAAGUGCCUCGUAAGGAGCCAUCUGAAUGGAAGAAUGAUAGCUGUUGUUAUACGCGAACUCGGCUACCUGGCUGCUGAGCUGCCUCGGCCUGAUCAACCGCGUAAACCCUGGCCUGCUGCCUGCCCCUCUGCUGCUGCUGCUGCUGAGGCGGCCUCUGUGCCUGCUGUCGUGGCUGCUGCUGCUGUGGUGGCUGCUGGAGUCUCUUCGGACAGCGACUCGCAAAAUGUCCCGGCUCAUGGCAAUAGUAGCAGAUGUCCUGUCCCAUACGGCACUCUCCCCUGUGAAGUCGACCACAAGUCGGGCACGGUGGAAUCGGCUGCUGUCUCUGUCGGGUCCUUCGGUCAGUCUGUGCACCCUUUCCCUUCCUCUUCUUCUCCUUUGCUGGCUGAGGGGCUGGUAGAGCUG